AUGUAUAUCACAAUCGCCCCAGCCUCCCCAAAAACGGGUGCUGCCACAAUCCGGGCCCUGCUUUCGGACACCUCCAAUUCUUCUCUCAAGGUUAAGGGUGUUUACCGCGACUUGUCUCGUGUGCCAGAGGAGUUUAAGUCUGACCCCCGUUUUGAGGCUGUCAAGGGCAACGUGGAGGAUGCUGCAUCCAUCGACUUUACUGGCUCUGACGCCGUCUUGAACAUCACUCCCCCUCUGUACUUUGACGAGCAGGACAUCGUCAAGCAUGCUCAUCUGGUAUCUGAGAACGUCAAGCAAGCGGUUCAAAAAGCCGGCGUCAAGAGGCUGGUUCUGAUCACGAGCGUUGGGGCCCAGCUCGAGAGUGGAACUGGAGAGAUUCUCACCAACCAUGCGGCCGAAGUUGUCCUAAAGGACGCUGCCCCUGAGGUGGUGUUUGUGCGCUGCGCCUACUUUAUGGAGAACUGGGCUUCGUCUCUUGAGACCGUGAAGGAAGCGGGCUUCUUCUUCUCAACCAUUACUCCUCUCGACUUUCCUUUGCCAAUGAUUGCUGUCAAAGACAUCGGCAUCACUUGUGCCCAGGAGCUUCUAGCCACAGGCACCCCCUUAACUUCGAGUCCUUACAUCUUCGAAUUGUACGGCCCCCGUGAAUACAGCUCGCUUGAUGUGCAGAAGGCCUUUGAGGAGGCUGCCAGUAGGAGCAUCGAGGUCCGGCCUGUUCCUAAGGGGAGCUUGCUCGACUUUUACAGAGCUGUAUUCCCUCCGGCCGUGGCCAAGGAGUUUACCGAGAUGAACAUCAGCUUCCUGGAGGGCGGGGUCCUAUACGAGCUGUACAACGGCGGCUACGAGCCUGAGAUCCGGAAUGGAAAGACUGAGCUGGUGGAAGUAAUCAAGGAGCUGUAUGCCGCAUGA